AUGAAAGAGAAGUCCAAAAAUGCUGCCCGGACUAGACGGGAGAAAGAAAACAGUGAAUUUUAUGAACUGGCUAAAUUACUACCCCUGCCCUCCGCUAUCACCUCUCAGCUGGACAAAGCGUCCAUAAUCAGACUCACCACCAGCUAUUUAAAAAUGAGGGUGGUUUUUCCAGAAGGACUCGGAGAAGCCUGGGGCCACUCUAGCCGAACCAGCCCGCUGGAUAACGUUGGACGGGAACUGGGAUCCCAUCUUUUGCAGACGUUGGACGGUUUCAUAUUUGUCGUGGCUCCGGACGGCAAGAUCAUGUACAUCUCGGAGACCGCCUCGGUGCACCUGGGCUUGUCGCAGGUAGAGCUGACCGGCAAUAGCAUUUACGAGUACAUCCACCCCGCCGACCACGAUGAGAUGACGGCGGUGAUCAGUGCUGAACUCUCGUAUGGAAAAAAACCCAACUCCGACCCAAACAGAAGAGCAGAAAACCUUCAGACGGUGCCGCUUUGCCGGAGCGGUGGCGCCGGGCAGCGACCCCAGGGCACCCGGCGGCCGCACCGGCACCAGCCGGGACGGCGGGCGGGUCUGUCCGGGUCCCCUCCGCGGGCAGGGACUCCUGUCACAGCACACCCUCCCCCCCUGCCAGGCAGUCCCCGAGCUUUCCUGUGUCUUCGGCAGGUCAUUCACUGCAGCGGGUACCUGAAGAUCCGCCAGUACAGCCUGGACAUGUCCCCCUUCGACGGCUGCUACCAAAACGUUGGCUUGGUCGCCGUGGGCCACUCGCUGCCACCCAGCGCCGUGACGGAGAUCAAGCUCCACAGCAAUAUGUUCAUGUUUCGCGCCAGUCUAGACAUGAAGCUCAUAUUCUUAGAUUCCAGGGUAGCUGAGCUAACAGGUUACGAGCCCCAGGACUUGAUAGAGAAGACCCUUUACCACCACGUCCACGGCUGCGACACCUUCCACCUGCGAUGCGCCCAUCACCUGUUGCUGGUGAAAGGGCAAGUGACCACCAAGUACUACCGCUUCCUGGCCAAGCACGGCGGCUGGGUGUGGGUCCAGAGCUACCCCCCCAGCGGGCCAACCAGCCGCUCCUCCCGCCCGCACUGCAUCGUCAGCGUCAACUACGUCCUCACGGAUACUGAAUAUAAAGGACUACAGCUCUCCCUGGAUCAGGUCACUGCUACCAAGCCGGCAUUCUCAUACGCAAAUUCAACUCCGACCAUAACGGAUAAUAGAAAGGGAAGCAAAUCUCGCCUCUCGAGCACAAAGUCAAAAUCAAGGACAUCACCAUACCCACAGUAUUCUGGAUUCCACACUGAGAGGUCUGAGUCUGACCAUGAAAGCCAGUGGGGCGGGAGCCCCCUGACCGAUACAGCUUCUCCCCAGCUACUGGAGCCCGCGGACAGACCGAGCUCCCAGCACCACGAUGUCUCCUGUGCCUACAGACAGUACUCAGACCGCAGUGCUCUCUGCUACGGUUUUGCACUCGACCACUCCAGGCUGACCGAUGACAGACAUUUCCAUACUCAGGCCUGUGAAGGAGGCAGAUGUGAAGCUGGCCGGUAUUUCCUUGGCACGCCGCAGCCGGGAAGGGAGAGCUGGUGGGGUUCUCGUUCAGCAUUGCCCCUGACUAAAUCAUCCCCUGAGAGCAGAGAAGCAUAUGAAAACAGUAUGCCCCACAUAACGUCGGUGCACAGGAUUCAUGGGAGAGGACACUGGGAUGAGGACAGUGUCGUUAGCUCACCUGAUCCUGGCUCUGCCAGUGAAUCAGGCGACCGAUACCGUACUGAGCAAUAUCAGAGCAGUCCGCAUGAGCCCAGCAAAAUUGAAACUCUAAUAAGAGCCACCCAGCAAAUGAUUAAAGAGGAAGAAAACAGGCUACAGCUGCGGAAAACAACCCCUGAUCCACUGGUCUCCAUUAAUGGCACAGGGAAGAAGCACGCUACCUGUUUUGCAAACUACCCUCAGCAGCAAUUGGCAGGGGAUGUCUGCCGCGUCCCGACGGUUGCCAGCACUCCUCCCUGUGAACACAUCCAGCAACGAGAUGGAAAGAUUAUGAGCCCACAUGAAAAUGACUAUGACAACAGCCCCACAACACUGUCUAGGAUAAGCAGCCCCAAUUCGGAUCGAAUAUCAAAAUCUAGUUUGGUACUAGCUAAAGACUACCUGCAUUCAGACAUGUCCCCUCAUCAAACCCCAGGGGACCACCCAGCAGCCUCUCCAAAUUAUUACAGCUCCCACAGGCAGUACUUUGAUAAGCAUGCUUACACAUUAACUGGAUAUGCCCUGGAGCAUCUAUAUGACACUGAAACCAUUAGAAACUAUUCACUAGGCUGUAAUGGAUCACACUUUGAUGUGACUUCUCACUUAAGGAUGCAGCAAGAUCCAGCACAAGGACACAAGGGAACAUCCGUUAUAAUAACCAAUGGAAGCUGA